ACACUCUCCAUUUACACACAAAAUGGUCAAAUCCUACCAGCGUUACGAACAAGAACGCUGUUUCGGGGUGAUUGCCUCCAGCAGCAAUAUCGUCUGGUUGCCUCCAUCCGCAAGCCAGGGCAAGGCGUCCGCCGGGCGCGCGCUCACAGCCGGGCUCGAGGAGAUUCUCAUCUGGGACAUCAAGACCGGUGAGUUAUUGCAGAAGAUGCGCGACGGCCUCAACCCAGGUGCGGCCGACUCGGUGACUUCCUCCGCGCCGGCCGAAGCCACCUUUUUACAGUACCACGACCUCACCGGCCUCGUGGCGGUGGGCUAUGCCGACGGCUCUAUCAAGGUGUGGGAUCUUGCCCUGGGCUCCGUGCUCAUUUCCUUCACCGGCCACAAGUCUGCAGUCACCUUGCUUAAGUUUGACCGUACCGGGACCAGAUUGGUUUCCGGAUCCAAGGACGCUUCUAUCAUCGUAUGGGACCUCGUCGGCGAAACGGGCUUGUUCAAGUUGCGUGGCCAUAGCGACCAGAUUACGGGCGUGCACUUUCUUUCAGAACACACCACCGACAUUGAUGAGAUGGAGGAAUGGUUGGUCAGCACCUCCAAGGACGGUUUGAUCAAGUUAUGGGACCUCAAGACCCAGCAGUGUAUCGAGACCCACGUGGCCCACGCGGGUGAGUGCUGGGCUCUUGCGGUCGACACUUCCAGAAACUUGGCCAUAACCAGCGGCAGAGACAACCAGAUCAAGGUUUGGAGCCUAGACUUAGCCCAGGAAGCCACCAAGGUGGCCGAAAGGGGCGAGUUUGAGAAGCAGAGCACCAGAAGGGCGGCCGAGAUCUCCUUCAAGGAGGUGGGUGCGCACUUGUUCUUCUACGUGCAGAACGCCGACAGAACCAUGGAGGUUUUCCGAAUCAGAAACGAGGACGAAAUCGCCAAGAGGAUUGCCAAGAAGAAGAAGGACUUGAAGAAGGACGGGUACGAAGAUGCCGAGAUUGACACCAAGGUGGCCGAGUUGGACAUCAACCGCUUGGUGGCUAGGAUCACGUCUUUGUCACUCGCGGCGUUGCCAAAGUCCAAGGACAAAAAGACCAGCGCCCAGAAGAUCCAGGCCGCGACCUGGACCGUGUGCAACUCCACCAAGUUGGAAAUCUUGCUCUCGACGUCUGCCAACUCCAUCGAGUACUACACCAUUCCGUUGCCUGAGGUCAUUUCCAAGGCCCAGGACAUUGUUGCCGCCAGACAGCACUCUGUCGAGUUGCAGGGCCACCGGAAGGACAUCCGAUCCAUGGACAUUUCCUCCGACAACAAGCUUCUUGCGACUGCUUCCGAGGGCAUGUUGAAGGUCUGGAACGUCAAGACCACCAACUGCAUCAGAACGUUCGAGUGCGGCUACGCCUUGUGCACCAAGUUCUUGCCGGGUGGCUCGCUUAUUGUAUUGGGGACGAAGCACGGUGAGCUCCAGCUCUACGACUUGGCGUCGUCCGAGUUGCUCCACACGGUCGAAGAUGCCCACAGUGACGAGAUCUGGUCGUUGGACCUCACCCCUGACGGGAAGGCUCUCGUUUCCGGGUCCUCCGACAAACAGGUCAAGUUUUGGGACUUUAAGGUGGAGAGAGAGUUGGUGCCGGGGACCAAGGAUACGUACGUGCCGAAAAUGAAGAUUGUCCACAACAAAACGUUGGAGUUGAACGAUGCGAUUUUGGCGGUCAAGAUCUCGCCAGACGCCAAAUAUCUUGCGGUUUCGCUUCUCGACAACACUGUCAAGGUGUUUUUCUACGAUACGUUAAAGUUCUACCUUUCGUUGUACGGGCACAAGCUCCCGGUCUUGUCGGUGGAUAUUUCCUACGACUCCAAGAUGAUCAUUACGUCCUCCGCUGACAAGAAUAUCAAAAUAUGGGGGUUGGACUUUGGUGAUUGCCACAAGUCCAUCUUCGGGCAUCAGGACUCAAUCAUGAACGUCAAGUUUGUUGCCAACACCCACAACUUCUUCUCCGCCGGGAAGGACAAGCUUGUCAAGUACUGGGACGGUGACAAGUUCGAGUGCAUUCAGAAGUUACCGGCGCACCAGUCGGAGAUCUGGGCGCUUGCCGUGGCCAGCGACGGUGCCUUCGUGGUUUCAACAGCCCAUGAUCACAGCAUUAGAAUCUGGUACGAGACCGAUGACCAGGUCUUCCUCGAGGAGGAGAGAGAGAAGGAGAUGGACGAGUUGUACCAGAACGAGUUGUUAGAGUCGUUGGAAGGGGAGGAGCCCAGGGGCGAUGAUGAAGCUGAUGAAUCAACCAAGGUCACCAAACAGACUAUGGAGUCGUUGAAGGCCGGUGAGAAGUUGAUGGAGGCAUUGGAGUUGGGGAUCAAGGACGUGGAGGAGUUUGAAGAGUAUGCCAGUGCUAUGCAGCAGUACAACGCGAAGAAGACCACGAUGCAUCCAAUGGAGCCGGUCAGAAAUGCCGUCUUACAGGCGUUGGGAGUCACCGGGUCCGAGUACGUGUUGCAGACCAUUAUGAAGAUCAGGGCUGCGCAAUUAGAGGAUGCAUUGUUGGUUCUUCCGUUCUCGUUCUCUUUGAGAUUGUUGAAGUUUAUCGAGAUCUGGACCAACAAGGAGAAUGUGUCCAAGAACUUAACCUCCAUGUCACAAAUCUGUCGUGUGUUGUUCAUGGUGGUGAAGCACAACGCGCGUGAGUUGAUUAACCAGAAGGAUGAGAGCAUCAAGGUUCAGUUGUCCAACGUCAAGGAGCAGUUGCGUGGCCAGUUGACCCACAGCGUGAACGAGUUGGGUGUUAAUAUCCAGGGGUUGAAGUAUAUCAAGGCUCAGUGGAACAUGCACCACAAUGCGGAGUUUAUCGAUGGCUACGAGCAGCAGCAGCACGAGGAGAAGACCGCCAAGAAGAGGGUUUACCAGACGGUUGCGUAGGCAAAGAAUACCGAGCAAAACCAGUGGGUGGUCGAUCUUGAGUGGGGGUAAUUAGAUUAUGUAUUAUAGAAUGUAUCAUGCAAAGCAUAGUAACGGGAAUGACAAAGAGGUAAUGUGAGAGACAGGUUU